AUGUCUGUGAGAACAAUCCUAUCAUCGGUGGUUCUGGUGAUUCUCAUCGCCGCAUCGUCGGCGACGGAUAUCGGAUCCGAUGAGUCAAACCCGAUCCGUAUGGUCUCCGAUCGUCUCCGGGAGCUAGAGGAAUCCGUUGUCCAGAUCUUAGGCCAGUCUCGUCACGCUCUCUCCUUCGCUCGCUUCGCUCACCGGUACGGGAAAAGGUAUCUGAGCCCGGAGGAGAUUAAGCUCCGAUUCACGAUUUUCAAGGAGAAUGUGGAUUUAAUCAGAUCCACCAACAAAAAAGGCUUAUCUUACAAACUCGGUGUCAAUCAAUUUGCUGAUUUGACAUGGCAAGAGUUUCAAAGGACCAAGCUUGGUGCUGCUCAAAACUGCUCUGCUACUUUAAAGGGCAGCCACAAACUCACAGAAGCACCUCUUCCAGAAACCAAAGACUGGAGAGAAGAUGGUAUUGUUAGCCCAGUCAAAGACCAGGGAGGUUGUGGAUCUUGCUGGACAUUCAGCACAACUGGAGCUCUAGAGGCAGCUUACCAUCAGGCAUUUGGAAAAGGAAUAUCUCUCUCUGAGCAACAGCUUGUGGAUUGUGCUGGAGCUUUCAAUAACUAUGGCUGCAAUGGUGGCCUUCCUUCUCAAGCCUUCGAAUACAUCAAAUCCAACGGUGGCCUCGACACAGAAGCAGCUUAUCCUUACACUGGUAAAGAUGGAACCUGCAAAUAUUCAGCGGAAAACGUCGGUGUACAAGUCCUCGACUCAGUCAACAUUACUCUGGGCGCAGAAGAUGAACUGAAGCACGCAGUUGGAUUGGUAAGGCCAGUAAGCGUAGCAUUCGAGGUUGUAAAGUCAUUCCGGCUAUACAAGAGCGGAGUUUACACUAGUGGUGACUGUGGAAGUACUCCAAUGGAUGUGAACCACGCGGUUUUGGCGGUUGGUUAUGGAAUCGAAGACGGUGUUCCGUAUUGGCUUAUUAAGAACUCAUGGGGAGGGGAUUGGGGAGAUAAAGGCUACUUCAAGAUGGAGAUGGGGAAGAACAUGUGUGGUGUUGCUACAUGUGCAUCGUACCCGGUUGUGGCCUAA